AUGUCGUCGCCCUCCGCCUCCGCCUCCGCCGCCGGCGGCAUCGACUGGAACGCAGCCAACUACCUCCGCUUCGCCGACGAGCGCACCCGCCCCGCCCGCGACCUCCUCUCCGCCCUCCCGCCCCUGCCGUCGCCGUCCUCGCCGCGCAUCAUCGACCUCGGCUGCGGCCCGGCCAACUCUACCGCCCUGCUGGCAGCGCGCUACGGCUGUAGCAGCGGUAAAAGCAGCACCGGCGCCCGCAUCACCGGCGUCGACUCCUCCCCCAACAUGCUCGCCAAGGCCCGCAACGUCCUCCCGGACGCGCACUUCGUGCAGGCGGACCUGCGGUCGUACCAACCACCACCACCACCCGGCGGCGCGCAGGAGACCGAGUCCGAGGAAGGGAAAGACGAGGGCGGCGGCACGUCCGGCGGCGCCGACCUCAUCUUCUCCAACGCGGCGCUGCACUGGCUCCCGGACGCCGAAAUCAUCCCGUCCAUCACGCGCUGGGUCGGCGCGCUUCGUUCCCCCGGCGGCGUCUUCGCCAUGCAGGUCCCGGACAACGUGCGCGAGCCCAGCCACGCGCUCAUGGCCGUCGCCGCCAAGCGCGCCGGCUUCGACGCCCCGCACGUCGUGAACGCGGGAAGGAAGCCUUUUCCGGAUCCGAGGAGCUUGGUGGAGGCGUUGGAUGCGACGGGGAAGUGCGAGAGGGUCGAGGUGUGGCAGACGGUUUAUUGGCAUCGGUUGGGGGGCGGGCAUCGGGCGGUGGUGGAGUGGUUGAGGGAGAGCGGGUUGAGGCCGUAUUUGGAGGGGUUGGAGGGGGAGGCGGAGAGGGAGAGGUUGGAGGGCGUUUAUGAGGAGUCGUUGAGGGAGGCGUAUCCGGCGUUGGCGGAUGGGAGCGUGUUGUUGAGGUUUCCGAGGCUGUUUUUGGUGGCGGUGAGGAAGUAG